CCCGGCGUCUCUGAUGGUGCCACCGACACCAGCGUCACCUCCGUUCCCAGUGCCCCAGGGGCUCCCACGCAGGCGGCCGGCAGCCCCGCUGCCUGCUACCGGGAGCUGAGCGGGUUCCCUGCCAUCACCCGUGCCGCCCUCGGGGCCACCGCGGGGGGACAGACCCUCCUGCUCUACACCGAGUGCAGCCGCCCCGACCUGCCCCGCCGCCAGCUCCUGCGUUUCAGCCGCCACUACAGCCUGCGGCGCACAGGCGGCAGCGGCCUCGCCGUCAGCCGGACAGCACUCAGCGCGGAGAUCCACAACCAGUACGGCCCGGUCGAGGCCGCGGGAUGGGGGAGCGUGGCCGGUGCCCGCGGCGUGCCCUCCACCGCUGCCUCCUUCCCUCCCGCCCGCAGGCUCCUCAGCCAGGACUCGCCCACGGGGCAGCACCGCGCCGUGCUCAGCCGCUGCCCACGGCAGGGCCACGAGCUGCUGGAGGUGUGGGGCAGUGGUGGGCGCAGCCACAGCGUGGACCUCACGGCGCUGGGGAAGCAUGGGGAGGUCUACACUGAGGGGCCCUUCGCCUGCCUGGCCUGGUCCCGCUCGGAGACACGGUUGCUCUACGUGGCUGAGAAGAUCCGGCCCAAACCACGGCCCCCCUACCCCUGGGAUGUGCCGGGAGCAGCCAGGCCGGCGGAGGAGGAUGAAGAUGAGGAGGGCGAGCGGUUCGUGUACCACGAGGACUGGGGGGAGGCGCUGAGCAGCCGCAGCGUGCCCGUCCUCUGCGUCCUGGACCUGGAGGGCAGCAGCCUCUCGGUGCUGGAGGGCGUCCCGGAGCACCUCUCCCCUGGCCAGGCCCUGUGGUCCCCGGAUGACCGUGGCGUGGUGUUCGUGGGCUGGUGGCACGAGCCCUUCCGCCUGGGGCUGAGCGCCUGCUCCAACAGGAGGGCGGGGAUUUUUCACUUAGACCUGGCCAGUGGGCAUUGUGAGCUGCUGUCGGCCGAGCACAGUGCUGCCUGCUCCCCCCGGCUGAGCCCCGACGGCCGGCGCCUGCUCUACCUGGAGGGGGCCCUGGGGGGGCCCCACCGGCAAUGCCUGCGCCUGCGCAUGCUCACCUGGCAGACGAGGCAGACGGUGACGGUGCUCGACGUGGUGCAGGAGCCCACGGAGGCCUUCGCCGGGCUCUACGGGGAGGCACUGCCGCCGCGGUGCUGGGCGGCCGACAGCCGGCGAGCUGUGCUGGGCACCCCACAGCGGAGCCGCACGGACCUGCUGCUUGUGGACACGGAGGCGGCCACCGUCACCAACCUGACGGCAGGGUCACCAGAAGGGUGCUGGGAGCUGCUCACCCUCCAGUGGGACCUGCUGGUGGCCACUUGCUCGGCCCCGCACCGGCCCCCGAGCCUGGUGGUGUCGGUGCUGCCGCCGGCGGGCCGUGAGCUGCCCCUCUGCUGGGUGCUGGUGGAGGACGCCCCAGUGGUGCCCGGUGUCACCUGGAAGACCCUGACAGUCUGGCCACCCUGCGGUGGGCAGAGCCCCGCCGCACACGGCACCCAGGCCUUCGAGGCCCUGCUGCUGAGCCCGCCGGAUGACAGGGCACCGCACCCCCUCGUCGUGUGUCCCCACGGUGGCCCCCACGCCGUCUUCGAUGCCCGCUGGCGCCCGAGCAUGGCUGCGUUGUGCCGGCUGGGCUUUGCUGUGCUCCUGGUAAACUACCGCGGCUCCCUGGGCUUCGGCCAGGCUGUCAUCAGCUCCCUGCUCUCCCGCAUGGGUGAGCAGGACGUGGCAGACACCCAGUUGGCAGUGGAGCAGGCGCUGCGCAGCGAGCCCCUGGACCCGCACCGCCUGGUCCUGCUGGCUGGCUCCCACGGAGCCUUCAUCGCCCUCCACCUCCUCGCCCGCGAGCCCGAGCGCUACCGAGCCUGCGCCCUGCGCAGCCCCGUCUCCAACCUGCCUGCGCUGCUGGGAACCUCCGACAUCCCUGACUGGCGCUACGCUUCCCUGGGGCUGCCCUACUCUUUCGAGCGGGUGCCCUGUGCCGAGGAGGUGGCCACCAUGCUGCUGCGCUCGCCGAUCGCCCAGGCGGCCCGGGUGCGGACACCGGUGCUGCUGUGCGUGGGCGCCCGGGACCGGCGCGUCAGCCCCACGCAGGCGCUGGAGCUGUACCGGGUGCUGCGGGCCAGGGGGGUGCCAGCACGGCUGCUGUGGUACCCGGAGGGUGGCCAUGCGCUGGCCGGCGUGGAGACAGAGACCGACGUCUUCGGGAAUAGUGCCCGCUGGCUCCUCCAGCACCUCGGGCAGCCCCGGCGGGGCACGACAGGCUGGCACAGCCCCUAGCCCCCACGGUGGCCCCGCGGCUGUGCCGGCCCCAGGGUGACCACUGGCACUGGAGACCACACCAGGACCAGAGGCGGAUGGAGCAAGUGGAGCCGGGGUCAGGACGGGAUGUGGGUUGGGGUUUGGUGCUAAAUAAAUGUGUGAGACGCUGUGCAGUGCCGAGCCCC